UUUUAGGUAUUUUCUAAUAGGCUAAUCAGCAAUCAAUUUCCUGGCCUGGAGCACCUUUGGCUUUGUUUGUAAGAAUGACGGAUUAUCCAAUUACAGGCAUUUGUAUUGUAGCUGAUAAGAAUAGAUGCCCAGAUGGAUACACAGUGAUUGAAACCACAACAGACAACCAGGAUGCCGAUCUAUGGAAAGAUAAAUUCUUGAAGAAAAAGAUCACAAGAUACAUGUGUUACACCAAGGAUCUUAAACCUUUGGCUGGAGAUAAGGUAUUGGUUGAUGUCAUGGUCAUCAAGGAGAAUGAAUCGAUCCCGUCUGGCUACACUUGUAUACAAAACACCUAUGAUACAAGUGAACCGGUGCUGAAGAAGAAGCUGCUCGUCAUUCAACUGUUUAACAGGAAAGCAACGGAGAAAGCUAUCACUGAGAUUUAUCUCACCUCUUCCAAGACAAAGACUAAGCCUGUGGAGGUGUCUGCAAGAGGGGAUAUCAAUGGUAUCAACAUGUUCCUGAGGAUGGGUCCUGUGAUGCAGCUUAUACCGAUUGCAUCGGUUCGCAAGGCUCCGGUGCCAGCACCCAGACAAAACGUCAACCAGCCGCAAAGCUCAACAGAAUUGCCACAGCAGUCGGGUCCAACACAGCUUCCGUACUCCUGGGAUAAGGCACGUUCCAGCCGUCAAUCAACGCUACGUACAUCACAGUCCCUCAACUUAGAAACGGAUAUACUCUCAGCUAUUGAAGGUGUACCCUUCCAAAUCGACCCCACACUUCAAGCCAUAACAACUAUAUCAACUUUUGAUGUACCUCGCAUUCCGUAUAAAUCAGAGAUGGAAAUCAAUGACCAGUUUUACUACGAUUUCAACUUUGAAGCUCAGACGAAGCAGAGGUUAACGAUGUGUGAUUCACCAUAGCAUACAGCAUCAUAGAAAUUUAGAGUCUUGCAAGCGUGCGAUUAAAAUAGUUCAGAUUAAAUAAUAGUACAUAGUCAAACCUGUAUAUAAAGACCACCCAAGGGAGACAAGAAAAGUGGUCUUUAUAGGCAGGUGGUCUUUAAGUACAGGUCCCUUUAGUAGAGGUUUCA